CAGUCAAGGGAAGAAAAUAUGACAUGUUCGUCCACACUUUGCAGUCAUUUGGUUCAAUUUUCUUUGAAAUUAGUGCGUGACUCACUCAAGAGUCGAGUCUUGUUCUCCAGCCAAUUUCUGCACAUGAUUUUGAAUUCGUGACUGCCAAGGACCGGCCUGUCAGCGAUACUACAUACGAGCCCAUCUUCGGAUUCGACCCUCUUGUGCGUGCCUGGCACUGCCUGAUGGCAACAGAUAAGGUUACAUGAUGCCGGUAAAAUGUUGACGGCAGCUCAACAGACCGCCAGCGUUCCACUCCUGUUGAUACCAACUUCUCCACCAGCGAGAAUAGCACCAAGUUGCAUAAAGAGAUGGAGAAACCUGCCAUAUCCAUCGAGGAAGGGCUUGCUAAUAUGUCCAAUACCUUAGAGCAGAUCCUUGAUGUCUUUCGAAGGUCUACUAUUGCGGAACGUAGCAAAGAUGUUGAUUCAAACUUCUGGGAGACGUACAAGAAAGUUUCUACUGAGUACGAUGACGACUUCCUCGCGCGGGCGAAUGAUGAUAUGGGUAUUAUCUUGACUUUUGCUGGUUUAUUUUCAGCUGUCAACUCUGCCUUCAUCAUCGGAAUGCAGCCAAAUCCAGGAGAUACUACGAAUACUCUCUUGCUGCACCUGAUCUUGAUCAUGACUGGCAACCCAGAUGCUGUCCAUGACAUCAGCAAUCUUUCGUCAACCACGAGCUUUUCUUCUUCGACUGUCUGGAUGCAAGCGCUUGGCUAUGCUAGCCUUGCAUCCAGUGUCUUGGCUGCAUUUGGGGCUGUGCUGGGAAAACAAUGGCUUAACUCGUACAAGGCAGCUUGCCGACGUGGAUCUCUGGAGGAACGCUGCACUGAGAGACAGAUGAAACUGGAUGGAUUUCGCUGCUUCUGUUCGGGUUGUCGCUAAGCGCCAACAUAUGGACAGAGCAA